AUGAACGGCAUGGACCACAACUUCGACACGCCCCCACCAGGCUUUUCGCAGAAGGGUUACUGGUCUCCCCAGACCUCCGCCUCCAACUUCUGUGAGAUCGACUACGAAUACACUCACUACAUUGCCGAACUCAUCAAUACUCUCAGCAACCUAGCGUAUAUCUGGCAAGGCGUCAUCACCUUGCCGAAGUCGUUGCGCGGCGGUGGGCGGGAGUUUCAGCUGUGGCAGUGGCCUGUAGAGAAUCUAGCACUGCUUUUGGUUGGCCUCGGCAGUGCUGCGUUCCACGCGACUCUGCUGCACGAGAUGCAGAUCAUUGAUGAGAGCGGAAUGUAUGCGCUCGUGGGAGCUUUGGACUAUCGGCUCUGGAGCAGUAACAUGGGAGAGCCGACCAGGUUGUUGUUCGGCAUGACUUUAGCAACGGCCAUCUCUGGCGUGAUUGGUUGGAAUGCAGUAGGAACCGAGGACGGAAAGGCGAGCAAUUUCGUGCAUUUGGUGCUGUUCAUCGGCCUAUUGACAGCUCUCUGGCCGAAGGUACUGUACAUGAUCAGGCAGGGGCGAGACGAGAGGAAGACACAGGGGCAGAAGGGGCCAGACGAUACCGCAAGACGCUUGAUGUAUGCCUUCAGGAUGGGAGUCGUGUUUUUCUUCUCAGGUUUCGCCGUGUGGAUUGUUGACGGAAAGUUCUGUGAUCAACUGCGAGAAGUGAGGCAUUGGCUUGGCCCACCGGGUUGCUGGAGUCUGGAGUUCCAUGGCUGGUGGCACUUUUUGACUGCUUUGGGUGCAGGGAACUUUGUGAGAGUGGUCAGAGAGCUGACGGAGGCGAAGACUGUGCCUAAGAAGACUGCUGGAAAUGGACAUGUCAAGGCGUCAUGA